CGCUCCCUCCUCGCCGCCCUCGUCCUCCUGGGGCUGGGGCAGGUGGUCUGCAGCGUUGCCCUCUUCCUCUAUUUCCGAGCUCAGAUGGACCCUACUAGAAUUUCAAAAGAACAUGCACACUGUGUCAGAACACUUUUUGGACAUCAAGAAAAUACAGAUUUGCAUGAUGCAUCCUUUGAAAAUCAAGAAGUGAAGUUAAUGCCAGAAUCAUGUAGAAGCAUGAAACAGGCUCUCCAAAGGGCUGUGCAGAAGGAAGUCCAGCGUGUCAUAGGAAGAGCACCACCAAGACCAGAAAAAGCUGCAAUGGAGGCAUUAGGAAUGGAUCUGUACAAGAGAAACAAACCUGAGAAGCAGCCUUUUGCUCAUCUCAUUAUUGAUGAUAAGAAUAUUCCAUCUGGAACCCGUAAAGUGAACCUCACAUCCUGGCAUCACGACAAAGGCCAGGCUAACUUAUCAAAUAUGACAUUCCAUGAUGGAAAGCUGAUUGUUAACCAAGAUGGAUUUUACUACCUUUAUGCCAACAUUUGUUUUAGACAUCAUGAAACUUCAGGCAGCCUGACCAAAAGAGGGCUUCAGCUGAUGGUGUACAUGACUAAGACAAACCUUAAAAUAAGGCGCUCUGAUGUGUUGAUGAAGGGUGGAAGCACCAAGUACUGGUCAGGGAAUUCAGAAUUUCAUUUUUAUUCUGUCAAUGUAGGAGGGUUUUUUAAGUUAAAAUCUGGUGAAAUGAUAAGUAUCCAGGUGUCAAACCCAUUGCUACUGGAUUCAUCACAAGAAGCAACUUAUUUUGGGGCAUUUAAAGUAAGGGAUUUAGACUGA